CUGUUAAACGUUUAAUGAAAGAAGCAGCAGAAUUGAAAGAUCCAACAGAUCAUUACCAUGCGCAGCCUUUAGAGGAUAAUCUUUUUGAAUGGCACUUCACAGUAAGAGGGCCCCCAGAUUCUGAUUUUGAUGGAGGAGUUUAUCAUGGACGAAUAGUACUGCCACCAGAGUAUCCCAUGAAACCACCAAGCAUUAUUCUCCUAACAGCUAACGGACGAUUUGAAGUGGGCAAGAAAAUCUGUUUGAGCAUCUCAGGACAUCAUCCUGAAACUUGGCAGCCUUCAUGGAGUAUAAGGACAGCAUUACUAGCCAUCAUUGGGUUUAUGCCGACAAAAGGAGAGGGAGCCAUAGGUUCUCUGGAUUACACACCUGAAGAAAGAAGAGCACUUGCCAAAAAAUCACAAGAUUUCUGUUGUGAAGGCUGUGGCUCUGCCAUGAGGGACGUCCUGUUGCCUUUAAAAUCUGGAAGCGACUCAAGCCAGGCUGACCAAGAAGCCAAGGAACUUGCAAGACAAAUUAGUUUCAAGGCAGAAGUCAAUUCAUCCGGAAAGACUAUUGCUGAGUCAGAGAUAAACCACUCUUUUUCACUGAAUGAUUUACAAGAUAACAUACCUGCGACAUUCCCAGGUGCUACGGCCAGCACUUCGUAUGGAGUCGAGAAUCCCUCAGCAGCAUCCUCUCAACAACCUACCCAACCUGUAGCUAAGAAUACUUCCAUGAGCCCUCGACAGCGCCGAGCCCAGCAGCAGAGUCAAAGAAGGUCGUCCAUGUCACCAGAUGUGAUACAGGGCCAACAGCCGAGAGACAACCAUACAGAUCACGGCGGAUCAGCUGUACUGAUUGUCAUCCUGACUUUGGCAUUGGCAGCUCUUAUAUUCCGACGAAUAUACAUGGCCAAUGAAUACAUAUUUGACUUUGAGUUAUAAUAAUUGUUUUGUGAAUUAAGAGCUGUGACUCAGUUGCUUCAUUAAACAUUCUGUAUUGGGUAUAAUCUAAGAAUUGUUUACAAAGAAAUUAUUUUGUAUCUACCCUUCAUUCCUUUUUUGAUCUUUAUAAAUUCAAUAUAAAUUUAGCUAGACAUUCAGACUAUGCCAAGCAGUGUGUGUGUCCUGCUUAGUUUAAGAGACUGGAAUUCAGAGUUCCUUAUCUCACUAUUUGAUCUGCUUCACAGGGAAAUAACUUACUGUUAUUUCUCCUGCCUCAGUUUCUUUUUCUUUAAAUUUGCCAUACCUUUCCCUACAGUUCUUUGAAAUCUUCAGAUAAAAGAUGGUAUUUGAAGUUCCUGUGAGUAUUAUUAGUUACUCAAUACCAUUUAUUGAGUACUCCUAGUUAGAGAGAAUGAUAUAGGUACAGAAGAAUUAAAAAGGGAAAAGGCAAAACUCAAAUAGCUUCUUGAAAGCAUCAUUCAUAGGAGAUACAUUGGGACUGCCCGUUCUGUGACUCUGCUCUAAAUAACAAGUGAGAAUGACUUUGUUUUGGUCAAACAUUUCUGAGGAAAUGCGAUCACAUUUUUGUUAUUGGACAUUACUUGAAGAAGAAGUACUUUGUAACCACUUCGAUAUGCUGUUAUCACUCCCCUCUCUCCAGUAUGCACACAGAUUAAAGAAAAGGAGACAGUCCUUCAUAGAUCCUUGUCUUAAGGAAUAAAGAGGCCAAGCCAGAAAAUCGCUUGAUUUUCUUCUAGAAGUUAGGAGGGAGGAUCUUAGGAUUUGAAUGUUUGCUGUGCUUUGAAGUGUGUAUCUUCUGAGAUGUAUUAUAUGCCUCGCUUUGUAAUCACAAUAAAUUUUAAUUAUUCCAGGAAUAUACACAAUGUA